UGUUCUUCAUCCCCGACAGCCCCCCAAGCCCCUCCAGCUACCGACUCAUUUCUUUGAGAAAAUUGGUGACGAAGCUUGAAAUUUCUCCUUCUUUCUUGCUCAAUAACAAGUUUUAGGACUUAGAACUCUCUCCCUCAACCCAGAAAUCCCGGAUCUGCUCUGCUUCUUCCUCCCUUGUCCGUCGGUUUCUGCUAAGUGGGUUUGAAUUUUUGGGCUUUUUCUGCCUCGUGAGCUUCCCCUGCACUUCCCGCCGGUUUCCCCUAGCUUGCAGCUCCGGUUUGCUUGCUGGAAAAUUAUGGUACUUGAUUGCUCUGUCACCCCAACACUUGGAGUGAAUUUUCAGUAUUACGUGAUUUGAGAUCUGGAUCUUCCUCUCUCAAACCCAGAUCUGGGCAAGGAGGAAGUCCAUCGCAAGGAGCUUCGCCAUUCGCCCUUCUUGCAUCCUCCUUUAUCGAAAACAACUGCUCCACUAAGCUCUUCUUGUGCGACAUCGAGUUCCGGGAGACGCAGUCCUCGUUUCACCUUUUCGGCGUCAACUCACUCCCGCACAUUCAUCUUGUCGGUUAAAUGGCUAGAUCUGUGAAAGAUGACUCAGAGCCGAUGGAUCAGAGCAACUUCUCACGGAUGGCUGAGUCCAUGGUUGACUCACGGAUGGCUGAGUCCUUUAACAUGACUGACAAAAAGCAUGGAGCUUGAGUUGUGUUUGCUACUUCAGAUUCAUAAUUUGGUGUAUAUUUUUGUGCAAAGUUGUGAAAUUGUUGCCUAUGCUGGAUAAUUGUGGUGAGCUUUAACAUUUGCUGAUACAAUGAAGUGCAUUAUAUUUGUAAUAUUAAAAUCCAUUUUUCAUUUCGGAACAUCAAAGAUGGAUCUGUAAUUUGCUUAGGCCAAAGCCAGAUUUUUCUUUUUGUUAAUGGUAAAAGCUAAUUUCUGUAUCCCUAAGUACUUGAUUUCAUAUGAUUGUGGAAUGAAAACGCAUGUUUAUUUUCAUCACAGAGUUUGGUGGGUUUGAGAAAAACCCAGAGUUUGGUGGGUUUGAGGAAAACCCAUCUGCACAAUUUCAGUGGCGGUGCUUUCAGGCAUCAAUAUGUGCAGAGGGAACCUGGGUAUGCUUUGAGAUCCAAGUACUGGGGCAAAGGGAUCGCGACACAGGUUGUGGAAUUGGUCGUCGAAAGCAUAUUCAAGAACUGGCCCCAUCUAGAGAAGCUUGAGGCGCUAGUGGAUGUGGAGAAUAUUAGGUCGUAGAGGGUGUUGGAGAAAGCUGGGUUUACGAGGGAAUGGGUUUUGAGGAAGUAUUAUAUGCUUAAGGGAAGAACAAGAGAACCCAGAUCUGGGUUUGAGAAAAACCCAGAUCUGGAGAGGAAGAAGAAGGGAGAAGAGAGCGAAAGAAUAAGAAGAAGGA